CACCUGCACUGCUAGUGCCACAGUGUUCCACGAAUCAUGAAUGAAAUCAGGCCGUCUAGCUGUACUGAACAGGAACCUCUGUACUUCAAAAUAUCAACUAUGCCAUCAUUUUUGCCAUACAUUGAUCCUCCUAGUAGGGAGUUAACACUUAAACCCACCAAAGGCCUACGCUAUGCUACAUACGACUCACCUUUGUCAAUUCCAAGUGUUGGCACAAAACAGAAACCCUCCGAAUUCCAAGCAUAUAUAAAUACCAAACAGAUUUAUAAGAAAAUCUUUGAGUGGUUUGAUUCAUGGAGACCAUGGCAACAGAAACAUUUAUUAGCAGGUUUGACAGAGAGAUGUUCAACGAGUCAGCUGGAAUUUCUUGCCACUGAUUUAGAGCCAGUUUUUCACAGGGAUUUUGUUGCCUCUUUGAAAAAGCGUUAUCCUUCAGCUGCCCUACGUCAUCAGAAGCCCAUCAAAGUAGGACAGUUAAAUAGAAACUUCAAGGACAGACUGAAACAUGAGCUGAAGAAAAAUAGCUCAAAGGGAAAUACUCAACACUUUGGCAAUAUUGAAGUUGUGAUUCGGGGUCCAAGCACUGAGGUCACUAGUGCGGGUGGUGAUAGUGUCCCCCAGUGUGAUGAAGCAGACAAUAAUGAAAGUGAAAAUGUGACAGAAAAAGUUGAAAACACUCCACAAGAUGGAGGAGAUGUUAAUGUAGAAUCUCAUACAGAGAGGCAAGGGACUGCCAGCACUGCUAUCAGAUAUGAGGAUAGUAGAGAGCCUAGUAUGGAGAGGGAUGCCAGGGGCAGAAGCAAGGACACUGAUGGCACAGACACAGAUGGAGAAUAUAAGAUACCAGAUGAUGAAAAAAGACUCAUUCGUCACCUUGCUGCUCAACAUGAAGCACAAAGUGGGUCCAGCGAUGAUGAAUAUCUCAGUGAUUCUUCUCCAGUAAAGGGACAGACGGGGGCAUUAGAUGCCAUAGCAGAGAAAAUGGUGACCAGUGCUUUGGAUUCUGUUCUGCAUAAAGAGUAUGAAGGCUCUAUAAACAGUUUAGCAGAAACUAUGGCAAACAGCAUUUUACAGUCUGCUGUUGAUGUAGUGAUUCAUGUGAAUAAGUAUGAGGAUGAAGAGGUAGAAAGAACUAUGUCUAGAUGUAGUGGGAAAAUGUCACGGUCAUCGUCAAGAAUGUCACAGCACAAGUGUGUGACAGUGGAUGAAGUCCAGGGUUUAGAUGAGGAAAUACAGGGUGAACAAAUAUUGUUGCAAGAUGACAAUCAAGAAGUGGAUUUUAGUGGUGAAAAAGUUCUGACAACACAAACCACCAAAGAUUCUAUCCAUAAAAAGCAAGUAAAAGGAACAGCUAAAGUCACAAUUGCAGAAACUGCAUCAGUAACAAUGUUUUCAACAGAAGACAUGCCAUUAAUUAAAAGCCCACCAAAGUGUCCUCUAAGUCAAGACAGUGAGGAAUUGGAGUCAAGAGAUAGUCCUCUCAGGCCUUCUCCACCAUCCUCCUCAGACAGUGGGAAACUUAGGACCAGAAGUGUUAAAAGUUCAAAUAUAAGCACUGCAGAGUAUUUCUGUGCAGAUAUGUGGGAACGGUUAGGUCCUGUCCAGAGAGAAGUGAAUACAGGGUCUACCAGAAAACUUCCAGAGCUACAGGAGGUGUAUGUGCCUGUGCAAAGAAGCUACAAGAAUUUCAAAUGGUGGGUGCAGCAACCACCAGCAGGAAAAGUCUUCGUCAAAGCAAAGAGAAGCAAGCUCAGUACAAAAUUCAAGGAACAGUUAGAAAAAGUUUGGGAGUGGAUGGAGGUGUGGCAGCAUCACGAACGUCUGGCAUUAUUAGCAGAACUUGUGAAGAAGUGCAGCCCAGAUGUGAUCAGUUCAUUGGCAGAGUGCCUUAUACAGAGACUACAAGAUACAGCAGACAUCAACAUGCUUCCAGAUCACAUCCUGAUAAACAUCUUUUCCUUUCUCACAUCUAAGGAAAUUGAUGAAGCAGGCUUGGUUUGUAGAAGAUGGAGAUACAUAGCAGACACAGCAGAACUCUGGAUACUCAAGUGCAAAGCCAUGGGUGCAAUUGAGGGUGUGCCUAACCUGACUACUAUAGUAAUGCAGUCUCAUGCAGACCUGACUAUUGACUGGAGACUGGCAUAUGGAGAGCUGAAGAAGAUGAUACAUGAUAUGAAGGGAAAUCUGGAAGCUCGCAAACAAGAGGGAAUACCCAGAAUUGGAGGAAGAUUCCUGCCAAUGAUUAAAAACGAGACAAGGAGUGUAUCUGCUUUCUCAGAGGGUGGUGAAGCAGAUCUUAAGUAUGUGACAACUCACUCCAUGAGAAAGAAACAAUCACGGCAUCGUGCUUCAAGUCAGGGUAGUGGAGAGUCAGACACUUUCCCAUAUAGUGAUGAAUCCAACACUGAAAAGUUCCUUUCAACACCAAGGAAAAGUUUAAAACACCGUAGAGGGUCAAAGUCAUCCAAAGCAUCAAAGACUAAAGGCAAGACAGGAAGGGAUUUGAAGACUCCAGAUGAGUCCCUAGACGACCUUAUUGGUGGGGAAUUUGCAGAGAUGGCUAACAAACCACUGAGGAAACAGAUGCGUAGAGGUGGUGGGGACGGGGAUGAGGAUGAACUGGCCUUGGACAUCAGACCCGAGUUACAUCAAGCCACUGAUAUCAUGGGCAAAUGUAGAUCUGCUCGCAAUCUAAAGUGGCAGCGAGAGGCAUACUUGGACUUGAAAAACAAACAGAUUCAGUAUGCAGGUCUAGUGAAAGGAGUCAGUAGAGUCAGGAGAUUACAGGGUCACAUGAACGAUGUGCUCUGUGUGACCUUUGACAGGAAGCGUUUGUUCAGUGGCAGCAUGGAUCGUACCAUUAGACUAUGGGAUAUCAGAACUGGGAGGAGUGUGCACAAACUUUAUGGACACAAGGGAGGCAUCUGGACAAUUUGUAUCAGUGAUGAUAGGCUUUAUUCUGGUUCUUGGGAUACCACAAUAAUGGUCUGGGAUGUGAUCAGUUUUAAGCGAAUUAUAGUGCUUUCUGGACAUAGUGAUGCUGUCAACUGUCUGAAGUGCCGUGGAUGUUAUCUGGUGUCUGGCUCUCAUGACAAGACCAUUAGAGUUUGGUCGACUUACAGCUAUUCAUGUGAACGUAUCAUCAGAGGACACAAGGCGGGGAUUACAUGUCUGGAGUUUGAUGGGAGGACCAUCAUUAGUGGUGGUGCUGACAUGAGGGUGUAUAUCCAUGCAGUUCACAGUGGAGAGUGUUUGAGGUGGUUUAAUGGACCCAGCCACCCCAUAUCCUGCAUGGCAGUGCAAGGAGACCUGCUGCUGUGUGGCACAACUGGAGGGGUGGUGUAUUUCUGGGACAAGACCAGUGGAGAGUGUGAGGCAGCAGUGGAGGCACAUCAAGCUCCCAUCAAUGGCAUUGAUUUUCAUUCAGGGAGAUUUUAUACUGCUUCUGAUGAUGCAGUGAUCAAGGAGUGGGACCUUAUUACCAUGACCUGUGUACGUUCUUUACAUGGACACAAGGGCCCUGUAAAUGAUGUGAAGGUGUCAGAAGACAGGGUAGUGACCUGUAGUGAUGAUGGUAAUGUCAGAGUCUGGGAUGUCUUCACACCACCAUUGCUAAUUGGAGAAAAAGAAGAAGAUACUCUCCAGGCUGAGUUGAUAGAUCAGCGUCUUUGAAAGCUGAGUUAACUGAUAGACAGACCACUCGCAGACAGCACUCAAAUUUUUUAUUCUCUAGAGACUAUUUUUGAUGAGUACUGUUGUUUUUUUUCCAUUACAGAGUAAACCACAUUGGCCACUUUCAAAUUGCGUGGUAUACUUUAACAAUACAGCUUUACCAGUGCACUUUGAGAGAUUGACAGCAUUAUAUCCUGGGUCUUACAUACUGGCACAGCUAUAUCAUUGAAGUAGACUGCUUGAUGUGAAAAGAUGUAGUUACCCUACAUAACCAGGGCUACCAACAGAGUAUUUCUUAAUAUUGUGAUGCUGGUAUUAAUAUAAAAUGUUAAUAGCAAUGUUAAGAUCUGUCAUUUAUGAUGUUAUUAACAAUAGGACAACACCAAAAAUAAUGGUAAUGGAAUUGCAAAUGUGAAGACUACUUGUGAGUGUAAAGAGGUGACACUCCUUGCAACCAGAAUUGAUAAGUCUGCAGCAAGGAUGAGCACUGUGGCAUUCAACAUACACGUUUUCAUCAAGAUUACGUCAUUCUGGGACUUAUUUUGUUUGUUUGUUCACCUUCACAUGAUUAAUUGGACCUUGACUUGAAACUGAUGACAGAAUAACAAAGUAUUUACUUUCAGAGCAAUAGAUUCACCAGGGUAUAAUUUAGAUUUAUUAAGUUACUUUUUUAUUAUAUGAUAAGCAUAUGUAAUGUAAUAAUAUUUAAUAUAUAUAUAUAUA